AAAUUUAUCACAUUAACCAAACAAAACCACUUCUAUUUCCUGAAGAAAAAGGUGAGAAAAGAUUUCAUAAGUCACCAGUUCCCCCAAAAAAGAAGAAAGGGAGGAGGAAGGAAGCUGAAAAAAAUUUGCAUGCGAUUACCAAAAAAUAAAUAAAUUCUCAACCACCUCCACCAAUUAUGGGUGGAUUUUUUGGAGUCUCCAUAUGUUGUGUUAGUGAAUAAAAGCUAUGUUAGCUUUAUUUUCUGACUUUAUACUGCAGUUGAAAAAUAUGUGGAAGUUUCCAGGAGGCCUGUCAGAGCCUGGAGAAGAUAUCGGAGAGACAGCAGUUCGGGAAGUUUUUGAAGAGACUGGUAUAAAAGCAGAAUUCAGAUCCCUCCUCAGUAUUCGGCAACAGCACACCAAUCCUGGAGCUUUCGGGAAGUCAGAUAUGUAUAUCGUCUGCCGCUUACAGCCAUGUUCAUUCACCAUAAAUUUUUGCCAGCAUGAAUGCUUACGAUGUGAGUGGAUGGAUCUCAAUGACCUGGUCAAGACUGAAAAUACGACUCCCAUCACCAGCAGAGUUGCUAGACUGCUGCUGUAUGGGUACAGAGAAGGGUUUGACAAGAUUGAUCUGACCAUGGAAGAACUUCCGGCAGUUUACACAGGCUUGUUCUAUAAACUCUAUCACAAGGAACUGCCAGACAACUACAAAACUAUGACAGGGAUGGAUUAAAUUCAUAUUUACAGGUUUAAGAAAAUUUAGGUAAAUUGUACAUGUAGAUUAAUGCAUACCAUAUUACAAGAAGAAGUGGACAUUUUGGGUUAACUAAUGUCUGACUUUAAUUUUCUAAUGUGUAUGAUUUCCAUGAAGAAACUUGUUUGUAAGUGUGUACAUUUUAAAAGCCUCUUUUCAAAUGAAGCAAAUUUAUAAAAAAGAUUGUAGCUCUAAGUAAGCUUCACUGGAUUAAGGCAAAUGCUAUAUAAAAAGUGGAAUUCUA